AUGACCCCGCCCGGUGUCGUUGGCGCAAAUGGAAGAGUGUUUCACGCCAAAAUCGCCGCGGCGGCAACGGCAAACUCUCCUCUUGCGCGAAGAUUAAAAGGGAGGCAUCUGCAAAUGAUUGCAAUUGGAGGCUCAAUAGGUACCGGACUUUUCGUUGCAUCGGGCAAAUCUCUCGCAACUGGUGGACCCGCAUCUCUUAUUAUAUGUUUUACACUCAUUGGACUUAUGUUAUAUUGUACGGUGCAUGCUUUGGGUGAAAUGGCUGUUCUUUUUCCCGUUUCGGGGUCGUUUUCGGCAUACUCGACACGAUUUUUGGAUCCGGCUAAUUAUGCUAUGCAAUGGCUUGUUGUUCUUCCAUUAGAGAUUAUUGCGGCAUCUAUCACAAUCGAUUUUUGGGACACGACACAGCGGUACAACCACGCUAUAUUUGUCACGGUAUUUCUCUUCACAAUCAUCGGCAUAAACAUGUUCGGGGUGAAAGGUUACGGAGAAGCAGAGUUUUUCUUUGCUAUUGUCAAGGUCGUAGCUAUUAUUGGAUACAUUCUUUUAGCCAUAACCCUUAACUGUGGUGGUAGCCUUGAAGAAGGUUACGUAGCUGGUCAAUUGUGGCAUAAUCCAGGCGCUUUUAACAAUGGCUUCAAAGGCCUCUGUAGUGUUUUUGUUACAGCGGCUUUUGCUUUUGCUGGAACUGAAUUGGUUGGCCUCGCUGCCGCUGAAACGCAGAAUCCUAGAAAGUCAUUGCCAACGGCUGUGAAACAAGUAUUCUGGCGUAUCACUCUUUUCUAUAUCGUCUCACUUACACUCGUUGGACUACUCGUUCCUUAUACCGACGAAAGACUCCUCACUGCUGGUAGUGCGAAUGCUGCCGCAAGUCCCUUUGUUAUCUCUAUUCAGAAUGCCGGAAUAACGGUACUCCCUUCUAUUAUGAACGUGGUUAUUCUCAUUGCUGUGUUAUCUGUCGGUAAUUCCUCAAUAUUUGGGUCUUCCCGGACUCUUGCAGCAUUAGCAGACCAAGGACAAGCCCCGAAAAUUUUAGCUUAUGUCGAUCGUAAAGGACGUCCUAUUGUAUCUAUUUGCGUAUCUUCGGUGCUUGGGUUUCUUGCAUAUGCAGCGGAUUCUGGUGCCCAAGGGACUGUCCUAGAUUGGAUGCUAGCACUGUCUGGACUCUCUUCGAUCUUUACUUGGGGAUCUAUCUGUCUCGCCCAUAUUCGUUUUCGACGAGCUUGGAGACUUCAGGGUCAUAGUCUGGAUGAAUUGGCCUUUCGUUCUCAGCCAGGAGUCAUAGGCUCCUGGAUUGGAUUUUUAUUUAAUGUUCUUAUUCUUAUCGCACAAUUCUGGACGGGUGCAUGGCCUACGGGCUACGAGGCAAUGACGGCACUUGAACAGUGUCGAAGCUUUUUCAUAGCUUACUUAGCGGCACCCAUCGUAAUUGUUUUCUAUGUUGGAUAUAAGGUUUGGUACAGAACUUCUAUCAUGAGAUCGAUGGAUAUGGAUUUAAAGACUGGAAUGCGUGGUUUAGAUUUACCAGCGCUGAUAGCAGAAGAGCGAGCCGAGAAAGCAGCAUGGCCAAAGUGGAAACGAGUAUACAAAACAGUCUAUCUCUGCAUGUCGGACAAUACCUAG